CUCGGUUGCUUUGCUUUUUCUCUAUUCUUCCGUCAGACCUCUCUCUCUCUCUCUCCCCCUUCAAAUAUCUAUGCUGAAUCUGAACUCAUCCCGGUCCUAAUCCGGGUGUUGAAAUUCCACCUCCAAUUCCCAAUGCAUCCCGCCACGGUCUCACCACCGCCACCAAACCCACCACCACCACCGACCACAACCCAAACCCUUGACGAAAUUACCACACUUCUCUGCCAUCUACUCCCCUACUCACUCUCCGUCAAAUCAUUCUCUACCCGCUGGCAAAUCAUCCGGUCAAAGCUCGCCACUCUCAAAUCCUCCAUCUCCGAAAUCUCCGACUCUCCCCACUGGUCCGAAAACCCUCUUCUCCAAACCCUCCUCCCCAACCUCCUCUCCACGCUCCACCGCGUCCAGACCCUCUGUGACCAAUGUUCCGACCCCUCCUUCAACCCCGGCAAGCUCCUCAUGCAGUCUGACCUCGACAUGGCCACCGGCUGGCUCUCUAAGCAAAUUCAGGACCUCGAUUUGCUCCUCCGGUCCGGCGUCCUCCGUCAAUCCAAUGCCAUCGUGCUCUCUCAACCCGGUCCAGGCUCGGCUAAAGAAGAUCUGGGGUUCUAUAUUAAGGACCUCUUCACAAGAUUACAGAUCGGAGGCAUUGAGUUCAAGAAAAAGGCCAUGGAGUCUCUGCUUCAACUUCUCUCUGAUGAUGAAAAAUCGGCCAGUUUAGUGGCUAGGGAAGGCAAUGUUGGUUAUUUGGUUCAUCUUCUUGAUCUGAAUACCCAUCCUUCACUAGUAGAACAUGCCGUUUCAGCCGUAUCGAUUUUAGUUUCCGCUAACGAUCUGUCCAGAAAAUGCGUGUUUGAAGAGGGAGGAUUGGGACCGUUAUUGAGAAUCAUCGAGUCAGGUUCAAUGGGAUUGAAGGAAAAAGCAGCCAUGGCCGUCGAAGCCAUCACCGCCGAUUCUGAUAAUGCUUGGGCUAUCUCAGCCUACGGCGGAGUUUCUAUACUCAUCGAAGUGUGUAAGUCCGGAUCAAUUGCAGCACAAUCACAUGCGGUUGGGGCAAUCAGAAAUGUAUCAACCGUUGAAGAUAUUAGGGUUUCUUUGGCGGAAGAAGGGGCUAUUCCUGUUUUAGUCCAAUUGCUUAAUUCAGGCACCGCCUUGACUCAAGAAAAAUCGGCAAAUUGUAUUGCAAUUCUUGCUUCCUCCGGUGAGAAUUUUCGAGAAUUAAUAUUGCUACAAGAUAAGGGAUUGCAAAGACUAUUGCAAUUGCUUCAUGAGUCGUCGAAUUCAGAUACGGUAGAACACGUUCUGCGAGCUAUCUAUUCACUUUCAGCUUCCGAAUCAGCUUCUCGGGUUUUAUCAUCUUCAACUUCGUUUAUAAUACAAUUAGCAGAGAUUAUAAAGCAAGGAAACAUAGUUUUACAGCAUAUUUCUGCUUCGUUGCUCGCUAAUUUAUCGAUGAGUGAUGGCAACAAAGGGGCUAUUUCUGGAUGUAUGGGUUCAUUACUGAAGCUAAUGGAAUCAGUCAAGCCUGAUGGCAUUCAGGAGGUGGUUGCGAAUGCAUUGGUUUCGCUGUUGGCGGUGAGAUCCAAUCGGAAAGAUUUGGUGAGAGAUGAGAAGAGUCUGAUGAGAUUGGUUCAGAUGCUUGAUCCUAGGAAUGAAUUGGUUUCCAAAAAGUUUCCGUUGGCGGUGGUAUCGGCGGUAAUGGGUGGUGGGAGUCAGGGGUGCCGGAAGAAGUUAGUGGCCGCCGGGGCUUAUGGGUAUUUGCAGAGGUUGACGGAAAGGGAGGUCGCCGGAGCUAAGAAGGCUUUACAGAGACUUUCCGGGAAUAGGCUGAAAAGUAUUUUCAGCAGGACUUGGAGGGAAUAAACUGCAAAGUAACUAACCCCCGCCAACGAAAGGAGGUCGUUUGGAUUUUUCUAACUGUCAAAGUUGAAACUACUGUCCUGUGCAAGAAACGAACAAAUCCCACACCUGGUAUACCCAAGGUUCUGGCUUAUUCUAUAUUAUUCUGAAACGUAAAAAUUAUUUAUUGAAAAUUAUAUGACAACACCAUGGAUGCGGUUUUUGUGGAGUAUCCUUGUUUUCCUCUUCUUUUGUUAGUCGCAAAUUGGUUGACUCUGAAGCUACAAGAGAGUGAUGCUUGUUGUGUCCUCUUUUGUUUUUUUAAAAUUUUUUAGAAUCUUUGUUUGAUAAUGUAAAUCCCAGACUGUUUGUCUUCUUUGUAAUGGCCAAGCUCUAAUUAGAAAGUGCUUAUUUGAUUUGGUAUGCUUUCUGAAUUGGAUUUGGUCUUCUUGUUGUGAUGAAACUAUGUGAAUACAUGUCUAUUAUUCUUUG